AGGGCUACCCUGGGUGCCGCUGCGCUGGGGAGCGCGGGGCUGGGCGCGGGCUUGGCGGCGGCAACUCGCCGCGCACACUCAUGAGGAGCCGGAAGCUCACAGGUGGAGUGCGAUCUUCAGCGCGCCUGAGAGCCCGGAGUUGUUCAGCAUCCGGGUUGGCCUCUGCCCAGGAAGUCGCUGGCUCCACGUCUGCCAAGACAGCAUGUCUGACUUCCACAUCACACAGGGCCACAGACAGGAGAACUUCCAAGAAGUUCAAGUGUGACAAAGGUCAGCUUGUAAAGUCAGAAUUACAGAAACUCAUCUCUAAAAGCGACAGCGCUUCCUUGCCGAACGUGACGCCUGAGACCUGCUGUGAAAAUGAGUCUGCGGAGGACGGGGCCUCGCUCUCAGGCACCAGCGCUGCUGUUUCCACACCACCGGAGACUUCAGGUCUCCCGCUGGGUCACUGUGCAGUUGUGAGUGACACCUGCUCAGCACAGACUGCAGACGCACCCUCACCAAAGCACAGCCUCGAUUCAGAAGCAGAAGAAUCUCAGGGCAGUUCCACCGUGCGGGAUGAGUUGGCACCGGGGACAGAGGGCAGGCGGACACCCCUGCUGCAGAUGGACGACAGCGUCUUUCUAGAUGAUGACAGCAGCCAGCCAAUGCCCGUGAGCCGGUUCUUCGGAAAUGUGGAACUCAUGCAGGACCUGCCACCAGUGUCUCCAUCUUGCCCUUCAAUGAGCAGGAGAGAAUUCAGAAAAAUGCAUUUCAGAGCCAAAGAUGAUGAGGAGGAAGAGGAUGACGCAGAAAUGCAGGGAGUAACCAAAUGAUUUGUGUAUUAGUACGGCUACAGUCUGGCAGUGUAGCACAUGACGAGAUUCAUAUAAAACAUGUCUCCAAGAGAAUGUGUUCUUACUGUCCUCAGUACUGGCCCAUCAUAGUGCCAAGUUCAGACACCGUGGGAGACGCACUGGUGUGAACUAAGUCUGAGCACACAGAGCUGUUGUCUGGGUCAGUGUCAUGGUGAUGGCACGAGUCAGCUAACGGCUGGGGGGUAAGGAAGAGAGAUCUUGUAAGGAUGCCUCUUCCCUUCCACUUAUCAUUUUUGGUAAUAUGCAAGUUUAUUUUCCAUGAUAAAAAUGUGAUUAUUCUUGUGAUUAACUCAAUGCCAGUUCUUAAAGAACUCUCUUUAAUUUCUGUAUAUGAAGCUGGUGUUUAUCUUGGAAAUUCUGCAAACUACAU